GAUGCAGCGAGUGCUCCCGGAGUGCUGCAGCCCAGCGGGAACAAGCCGAAAACGACAAGGAUCAUAACCAAGGAUGUGGCUCGGGAGAUCAUGAUGCAGCGAGUGCUCCCGGAGUGCUGCAGCCCAGCGGGAACAAGCCGAAAACGACAAGGAUCAUAACCAAGGAUGUGGCUCGGGAGAUCAUAAUUCCCACAGAGCAUCCCAAACCUGCUCUCAUCAUGGGAAAGAAGGAAUAUGAGCGUAUCCAGGCAGCAGCUCGAGUCCUGACCCAGGAGGAACGCGAAGCCGCACGAGUGACCCUCAAAGACAAACAAGCUGCUGCUUUUGAAGCUCUGAUCCAAGCCCAGAACGCAGAGAAACUCAAGGCUGAGCUGGAGGAUCAGAUGAUGCUGGAGAAGGAUCUGGAGGAGCAACAGUGGCAGGAAGAGGAGAAGCAGAAGGUGCUGCAGAAAACCAGGAGGAUGAGGAUGGAGCAGGAGGAAGAGAUAAGACAACUGAACUCACUGCUCCUUGGUGCCAAGUGCCACAUGAUCAGGGACAAGCAAAUCCUGGAGAAGAAGCUGAUCCAGAAGGAACUGGCAGAGGCAGAGCAGCAUCUGCAGAGGAAGGUGGAAGCAGAGCAGGCAAAGGCUGCUGAGAUCCAGGAGGAGCUGAAAUGUCGCAGGAAGCAGGAGCUCAUCAGAGCACGGAAGGAGAUCCAAAAGCAGAUGGAGGAGAAGGCAGAGGAGAAGGCAAUGAAGGCUGAGCAGGAGUACCAGGAGGGUGUGGAGAAGCUGAAGCAGCUGGAGAAGCUGAAGCUGCAGCAGUGGAAGGCCUGGGAGAAGAAAAAGGAAGAGCAGAAGAAAAUUCAGGCUGAGAUACGUCGAAUUAAUGCCGAGAACCAGAGAAUAAAGGAGGAGCAGCAGCAGCAGGAGAAGCUGAGGGAGGAGCAGGUGCUGGAGUACCAGAGGCAGAAGAUGGAGCAAGAGGCAGCACUGGAGGCAGAGAGGGAGAGAAUCCGCCAGGAGAGGGAGAAGGAGAUAGCUCGGCUCAGGGCACUGCAGAAGAGGGAAAAGGACUGGCAGGCAGAGAGG